UUUAGUGCCUACUGUGUGCCAGGCGCUAUACCUAUGUGCAUAGAAAAACCCUUGAAGGUAAAACUCCAAUAUAGCGAUAUUGAUCAUCUCCAUUUGCUGAGAUAACAGGGGAAUCAAGCUAAUAUUCUUGUUACUAUCCACUUGUAAAUAUACUCAGUACAGGAGAGUUUGGUACAGUUUUUGACUGCAGAUCAUUUCUAACCAUGAUGCAUUUCAAAAGUGGACUCGAAUUAACUGAGUUGCAAAACAUGACAGUGCCUGAAGAUGAUAAUGUUAGCAAUGACUCCAAUGAGUUCACCGAGGUAGAAAAUGGCCAGAUAAAUAGCAAAUUUAUUUCUGAUCGUGAAAGUAGAAGGAGUCUCACCAACAGUCACCUGGAGAAAAAGAAAUGUGAUGAAUAUAUUCCAGGAACGACCUCCUUAGGCAUGUCUGUCUUCAACCUAAGCAACGCCAUUAUGGGCAGUGGAAUUCUAGGUCUGGCAUUUGCCCUCGCUAACACUGGAAUCCUACUUUUUCUCAUACUUCUGACUUCUGUGACACUGCUAUCUAUAUAUUCAAUAAACCUUCUGUUGAUCUGUUCAAAGGAAACAGGCUGCAUGGUUUAUGAGAAGCUAGGAGAACAGGUCUUUGGCACCACAGGGAAGCUGGUAAUCUUUGGAGCUACAUCUCUGCAGAACACUGGAGCAAUGCUGAGCUACCUCUUUAUAGUAAAAAAUGAACUGCCCUCAGCCAUAAAGUUCCUAAUGGAAAAGGAAGAAGCAUUUACAGCCUGGUACGUGGAUGGGCGUGUGCUGGUGGUGAUAGUUACCUUUGGCAUCAUCCUCCCUCUGUGUCUAUUGAAGAACUUAGGCUAUCUUGGCUAUACUAGUGGAUUUUCGUUGAGCUGUAUGGUUUUUUUCCUAAUAGUGGUUAUCUAUAAGAAAUUUCAAAUUUCAUGUGGUGUUCCAGCGUUAAAUACAACAAUGAAUGCGAAUUUAACAAAUGCUGAUCUGUGUACGCCGAAGUACGUUACCUUCAAUUCAAAGACUGUGUAUGCUUUACCAACUAUUGCCUUUGCGUUUGUCUGCCACCCAUCAGUGCUGCCAAUUUACAGUGAGCUUAAAGAUCGAUCACAGAAGAAGAUGCAAAUGGUUUCAAAUAUUUCCUUUUUUGCCAUGUUUGUUAUGUACUUCUUGACUGCCAUUUUCGGUUACUUGACUUUCUAUGAAACUGUGCAAUCAGAUCUCCUGCACAAGUACCAGAGUAAAGAUGACAUUCUCAUUCUGACCGUGCGGCUGGCUGUCAUUGUUGCUGUCAUCCUCACAGUGCCGGUGUUAUUUUUCACGGUUCGUUCAUCUUUAUUUGAACUGGCCAAGAAAACUAAGUUUAAUUUAUGUCGUCAUAUCUUGGUUACCUUCAUACUGUUGGUUAUAAUCAACUUGUUGGUCAUCUUCAUACCCUCCAUGAAGGAUAUAUUUGGAGUCGUAGGAGUUACAUCGGCUAAUAUGCUUAUUUUCAUUCUUCCUUCAUCUCUGUAUUUAAAAAUCACAAACCAAGAUGGAGAUAAAGGAACUCAAAGGAUCUGGGCUGCUCUCUUCUUGGGUCUUGGGGUGUUGUUUUCACUGAUCAGCAUUCCCUUGGUCAUCUACGACUGGGCCUGCUCUUCCGGUAGCGACGAAGGUCACUGAGGAAAGGAAACACUCUGGUCUGCUGCUCAGUCAAGUCACACCACACCUCAGCAACCCCUCAUCACUUCCUUUGCAAGUUUAUAGAAGCAAACAGAAAUGACAAGAUACAAAAUGGAAUACCACUUUGGCAGCAAAACAGGGGCCAGUUUGCAUAAUGUACAUCCAUCAUUUGGUAUCAUUUAAAGGAUUUUUUUAAAAUUCAUACAAUCUUAUUUUCUGUUACUUUCCACAAUUAGUUUUCACACUUUGUAGCUUUUUUGUGUGCCCUCAUGGGUUCAAAACUUUUUUGUGGCCUCAUGGGCUCAAAACUUCACAACAUACAUAAUCAUUAAUCAUGUUUAUUUAUUAGACAUCAGAUUUGGAAAUAGUUUUCCUACUGAUAUUUAGCUCACACACUCUGUACCUUUCUAGGAGAGAAAAUUAUUUUGAAUUGUAUAUAUAUAUAUUUAUUUUGCUUUACAGAAAAAGAUGGUUUCGUAAAUAAUUUGCCUAUUUUGGUUAACAUAGCACACAGGAAUAAUCACUGGAAUGUCAGGGCAUGUGCCGUUGCUGGAUCAGAGUGUGCCCAAUAUUUGAGGCAGCUCUGAUCACCUGGCAGCUGGACUCACGAGGUUCAGUGGCCGCACCUGUUCCUACAUGCCACUUUACACAGAGAGAUUCUCUGGCAAGUGUUCCCAACUGGGAAGAGGAAAGAAAGAGUUGUACCUUGGUGAAUAGAUUUAGUACACAUUUAUGUAAUAUAGCAAAUGCUUCCCUCCGGGCAAUUUGUGUCAGAGUUACUCUCAGUCUGAAUUAACUUCAACAAGGUAAUUCGCGGCAUCUCGGUACAAGGUUGAGAAGCAAGGGUACAGCAUGCCUAAGGAAGUACCCCUUUGGUGCAGACAGCCGUCAUCCAUACACCCGUAUUGUUGAAGGGGGAGAACAUUUUAUUAAAUGAUAAACCCAGCAGUUUUUAUUGAUGACUACCAGCUUUUGCACAGAGAAUAAUGUGUAUCUAACCAAGGAUGAUUUAAGACAAGUAAUUCCUGUUUUAUAUUGGGUACUUUGUGGGGGAGGGGGGUCUUUAAAAGACUUGUUUUAUAUCUAUAAAUUUAAGUUAUUACAAAUACAAGAAUUUUGUACUUAACUAGCCUCAUUCCUAUUUCUUGUCUGUUAAUCCAUCUUGGGCAGGGGAGGUCAGGAACAAUCAGAGAGAGAU